UUUCGGGAUUUUCUUAUUCCAAAAAGAAAUUUAAUUGGCAAAAUUUUUAUCUUGUUCUUAAAACAUUCAAUAUGUUCACCUACUUUGAAAUUUUUCGAGUUUAUUUUCUACUCUUCAUAUUUGGGGUUCUGCACUCAUUUCAGGAAUCACCUGUGCCACAAAUUAAAAUAACAGUUUUAUAUGAACAAACAGAUGAUAUUGUUUCUUCACUUAUUGGACACCUGAAUACAUCAUUCCUCUUCUUUCGGGACCUGUAUGGGCUUGAUGAUAGCUUGGUCUUUGAUACAUUUUUGCUGCCUCAUGCGGUUGCUAACUUGUCAAUGAAUGCAACAGGUUGUAAUUUAUUUUAUUAA